UUUACGUUUUUCCACAAAGAAAUAUUUUGUAUACUUUUUAUUCUUUUAUGGUUUUAAAGCAACAUUAACCGAGCUGCUUUCACACUGAUUACGUUUGCGAAUGAAUGGAUUGAAAAUAGGAGAGAACUUUGAAAGACUUUUAUUUUGAAAUGUUGUAUCGGACUUCUGAAGUCCAAUAAAAACGUUUUUGUGUUUGAUGUGCAGCAGAGGGCGUGGCUGCCCGCUGCCAGGUUUCUAACUCUGUUGCAUUAAAACAACAGCAGCAGGUUCUGGAUCAGGUUUCGGUCCAAACCCGAACCUCAGGUGAGACAGAAAUUUAAUGCUGAGAAACAUCCCAGCUUUAAGAAUGAGUAUGAGAGCAUCCAGUGACCUAAAGGAGGAGGAAGAAGAGGAGGAGGAGGAUGAAGGAGGUGUUAACCCUACGGAGGUGAAGAUGAGUCAGAUAGUGAUGCCCUGCCACUGCAACCAUCAGCAGGAGCUGAGCGUGGGCCAGCUUCUCAAAUGGAUGGACUCCACAGCGUGCCUCUCUGCUGAGAGGCAUGCUGGGAGUCUCUGUGUCACCGCCUCCAUGGACGACAUUCACUUUGAGCACACCAUCAGGGUGGGUCAAGUGGUGAACAUAAGGGCAAAGGUCAACCGAGCCUUUAACACCAGCAUGGAGGUGGGCAUACAGGUCAGCUGUGAAGACCUGUUCUGUGAUCGUCACUGGAAGGUUUGCCACGCCUACGCCACCUUCGUUACACAGCGAACAAAUACUGGACAGAAGGUGCUGCUGAGGCCCACUGUAGCGCUCACUCAGAAGGAGCAGGUUGAAUACAGCGUUGCGGCUGAGAGGAGGAGGGUCCGGAUGCUGCACGAUGACAUAAUCAGAGAUUUACUCUCACAUGGAUUCAUCCAGCAGGCUGACAGCUCUGAGGUGUGCAACGCGGUGACAGCAGAGAAGACCCGGGUGGAGAGUGUUGAACUGGUUCUUCCUCCACAUGCGAACCAUCAGGUCAACACAUUUGGAGGACAAAUCAUGGCCUGGAUGGUGAACGUAGCCACUAUCGCUGCCAGUCGUCUGUGUCAGGCUCAUCCAACUCUUCGGACCAUCGACAUGUUUACCUUCAGGGGACCUUCUCAGGUUGGGGACAGGCUGCUUCUCAGAGCUAUCGUCAACAACGCCUUCAAAAACAGCAUGGAGGUGGGGGUGCGUGCAGAGGCCUACCAGCAGGAGGGACCAAACCGACACAUAAACUCUGCCUUCAUGACCUUUGAGGUUCUUGAUGACGGUAGGAAGCCAUGUACUCUACCCCGGAUACGACCAGAACCCCUGGAAGGUGAGAGGAGGUUUCAGGAAGCGGUCGCCAGAAAAAAAAUCCGACUGGACAGGAAGUACAUCAUUUCCCGCAAACAAAGUGAGGUCCCUCUGUCGGUUCCGUGGGAUCCCAGAAACCAGGUGUAUCUCAGCUUUAACAAUGUAUCGGCUCUGAAGACGCUAGCGGCUAAGAACAGCUGGCGCCUCAGCUCUGAGAAAGACCAGGUGCGUCUGUACACCUUGGAGCAGAAGUCCGUGCUGAGCUUCAGGGUGGAGGCUGAGGUUGAUGUUCCUGCAGAAAGAGCCUUCUGUCUUCUGGCUGAUAUGAGCAACAGAACAAGUUGGGACACACAUUACAAGAAAUGCGAGCUGAUUCACCGUGUGGAUGAUGAUGACUUCAUUUAUCGUGUGGUGACCCCAUCAGUGCAUCAGGGGUCAGUGGGAACCCCAACCUCUUCUAACCAGGCAGGAGGGAUUCUCCAGGAUUUCAUCUUGUUGGCUUCCAGAAGGAAACCUUGUGGCAUCGGAGACCCUUAUGUCAUUGCCCUGAGGUCAGUGUCCCUCACCACCCACCCUCCUGUAGAAGGAUAUAACAGAGGAGAGGUUGUGUGUGCAGGGUUUACCAUCCUUUCGUCCAAAAACAAGUCACUGGUCAGUUAUUAUAACCAGGCGUCUCCAGAGGUCCUCCCUUACAUCUCCACAGACAUCGCUGGACUCUCCUCCUCCUUCUAUCACACCUUCUGCUCCUGCAGCAAAUACUUAACAACACACAGGCAGCAGCAAGGAGGUGAUCACACCUCCUCCCAAACGUCCGAGGAGCUCUGCGCCACUCAGCUGUAUACAAACUGAGAGGGUGGGGUUACCCCAGGGAUUAGAACCUUCAGUUGUCAGUUUAAAGUGGAUUAGGACUAUAGUGCUGUCAGUUUAAGGUGUAUUAGAAAUGUUGUCAGUUAAAGGUGAAUUAGCAUUGUGGUUUUAAAGUUGAUUCGGACUAGUGUGGUUAAUUUAGGGCAGAUCAGCACUAUUUUUACUACUAAGGUAGCAUUCUUCAGAGUUUUGCUGGCGUUAGUGGCAUCACUUCCUUCUCCGUUUAUUAGCAUUUAUCAGUGACGCCACCGAAAUCAGCAAAACUCUGAAGAAGGCUACAGUGGUAGUCGAAAUGUCAGUUUAAAAAAAGGUAACGCUGAAUCGAGUUAAUUCCAGACCUGUUGAUAAUAAAAAUCAGGUCUGGAUUACACCUCAAUCUGUGUGUGUGAAACAAGCUAAAGGCCUGUUACCUUCUCUUGUCAUGUUUGUGUGAUUGUGUGUGUCCAGGCAGCCUUCUAACCCUCUGAACUGUGAUGUCGUAUAUUAGUGAAGUGCCUUCACUCUGCUGAUAUGGUCAAACGAUUCAUGUUGUGCAUAUAACCUGUUUUGACCUGAACAGAUGUUGGGAGUAAGCAUGCAUGUUAUCUUUUAUCCUCUGUGGAGUUGGUCAAGAUGCUAUAAGCAUAUAAAUAAGACAUCUUGUCCAGCAAAUGCCGGAGAUGCCCAUUUGACCCUGGGCAGAAGAAAAGGGAGGGGUAAUCAUGAGCCACGUCCUCCUCUACUGACCAAUGGCUACGAGAGGAGGUGAUGUAAUCCCAAAGGAGAAGAAAGGGAGCCUGUGGGAGGCGCUGAGAAGAGAAAGAUCAUGUGACCAGAAGUGACCAGACAUUGAGCUUCCUGGGCAGGGAGUGUUGCCAUGGAGAUGCAACCCCUGAAGAAUGCAGAGGGGAGGGGGACAGAGUGAAUAAAGGAGAGUUGCUGAUUCUGUGGGAAGGGAUUUGCCUUUGAUGGGAAGAGUUUGUGAGGUAGAGUGAUGGAAAGAAGGAAGCUUUUGCUUUGAGCUUUUUGUCUGUGAUAAUCUGACCUAGUGUCAUUUUUGGAGAGCUUAUUCAGCUCAACUUUGCUAUAACUUGGUUUAUUGGUGAAGAGUUGUUUCACUUUUUAACCCGCUUUGUCGGGGUUUCGUUUGGAUUAUUAUUCUUUUUUCAUCUGUGUGAAAUAAAACCUAGUUCCUCGGAUUCGAGGAACGAAAAAAGGAUUUACGAGUGGGGUCGCCUCCUGUCGGUAACCGAGCAAAGGUGAGAUGCUAGUUGUAAAUUCCAUCCCUAGGUGUAAUUGAUAUAAGUCGUUUCCUCCAUCCUAGGCUACACGUAAAGUCAGAUGUCUCCUCAGCAUAAAAUGAACAGCUGGCAAGGGUCUUAACCUGAAGUGGACAUAAGCUUCAUGGAUUGGGGGUGUGUGUAGGUGUGUUUGUGUCUGCUUAAACGAAUUUUGGUCAGAAUUAGAAGCCCUGGGUAAUUUGGUGAUUGCUAAUCAACUCUCUACAGAGUAAGGGUGUUUGAUGGUCAUUAAUGCCACGCUCACUACACCGAUUGCAAGUCACACCCUGAGAUUUUGAAACAUCUAAACUAAGAAUCGAGUUAGCCUGGUAAAUUUGGCUUGUAACAGGUAAAAAUAACACUUUUGCUAUGUUAAAAAAAAAGAACCGUAACACAGUUAGAUUAGGACUAGUGUUAGUUUAGGGAAGAUUAGGCAAGGCAGCUUUCUUUACAGAGCACAUUUCAAACACGGGCAAUUCAAUGUGCUUUAAAAAUCGCAUGAAAUGGUAGAACUACAAACACAAGAACACAAAUUAAAAUAUACACAAAUAAAAUUUUCAUUUAGAGCUAAAAGGAAAAGACAGAAUUAAGGUUGAGUAAUUACAUCACAGAUUACGGUGGUGACGAUGCAGCAUAAGGCUGAUGAGUACAUUGGGGUUUUUAGUUUUGUUUUAAACAACAGUAGAGUUGGAGCACGUCUGAGGUCAUCAGGAAGCUGAUUCCAUAAAUGAGCAGCAUAGUAGCUAAAAGCAUCUCCACCAUGUUUGGUUCUGACCCGUGGUUCUACCAGCUGAUUGUUUCCAAGGGAUCUCAGAGCCCUAUUGGGUGUACAUACAGGAAUGAGAUCAGACAUGCAAUUUGGUCCCAUGUCACUGAGUGAUUUAUAAACUAGUAGGAGCACUUUGAAAUCUAUUCUGUAGUUUACUGGUAACCAGUGUAGAGAUCUAAGAACAGGAGUGAUGUGCUCCGUUCUCUUUAGUUCUUGUUAAGACUCAAGCAGCAGCAUUCUGAACAAGCUUCAGUUGCUUCACAGCUUUUUUGGGAAAUCAAUUAAUCAAUCAAUACUUAAUUAAUCCCAGAGGGGAAUUAAAGUUUCAGUACACACAAUUCAGAGAUCAGACAUACAUGGGCAAGACACAUGACAAGAAUUGGUAACUGUGGUCAUUCGCAAGCCGAGUCGCGCUACCUUAAUAGAGAUAAGAGGGUUUCAUGAGGAUUGGUUCAGGUGGAGGGAAAAAAGGCACUUCAGAGUUACCCUCCAGCAGGAGGGCAGCCUUGCUCUGCAAAAAAACACCUCAACAAAUAUGCAACAGACUUCAGACAACACAACAUAACAUGAGACUCCAAUAGGAGGGGGGGGGCUGAGAUCCUGUUUCCCCCAGCGAGAGCAGCCAUCUACGGCGCUCAUCAACUGUACAGUCACAGGUAGGAGGGAGAUCUUGGGAGAAGUGAAGAGCACAUUGACUCCUCCAGCUGAUGACCUCGCCAGGCUGAAGUCCACCAAUCCGAAGGCGGGGGUGGGUGGUGGUGGGGUGUGUGUCGGGAAUUCACAGCAUCUGUCUGCAUUCCUUCGUGGGGGUUUUUUUAGUUGCUUGCAGCUCAAGGCUACCAGGGCGUCAGACUCAGAUAACAAGAAUUAUCCCAAUUUUUUUAUGUUAAACAGAUUCUGAAUUUGUCUAGAUCCAAUUACAGACCAGUUCAAUCUGAUGAAGAACCAGUCAGGUUUAGGGAACCAGUGGACUUUGUGGCCUUUUUACUUUGCUGUAUCUUUUCAUUUAGAGCAAGCAGGGAAGAACUUCCCGCAACAACAGGAAG